UCAGUUCCCGUUGAACAUUCGACGCAGACGGUUCGCUGCGUUUGGGCCUGAUUUUAGUAAUCCCUGUUUCGAUUCGAUUCGAUCCGAUAUUCUUGGGCUGUGUGUUUGCUCCAUUCGCGAUUCUCGAGUUCCAGUAGCCCAAUAGCCAUGUGAAGUGCAGGCCAACGAAAUUCAAAUUCGUCGUCGCUUAUUAAAGCCUUUGACACGAUAACGAUCUAUUUUUAAUUAUGAUUGUGCCAAGAACUGUGCUCUAAUUACGCAAAUUGCAAGUGAAAUCCGUCGGCAAAUAAAUUCUGCGAGUGCCGGAACCUAAAUAGGGACCUAAUCGAGACCAAAAAUGGGCUUCUCGUCGGCUCUGCAAAGUCGAGCCGCCCACGAGGCGCUAAUUGUCCGCCAGGAUGCCGAACUGCGGCUCAUGGAGACCAUGAAGCGAUCCAUCCAGAUGAAGGCCAAGUGCGACAAGGAAUACGCAAUCAGCCUAACAGCCGUCGCCCAGCAGGGUCUCAAAAUUGAUCGGGCUGACGAAAUGCAAGGCAGCUUGAUCACGAAGUCCUGGCGUUCCUACUUGGAUGAGCUGGACCAGCAGGCCAAACAGUUCAAGUUCAACGCCGAGCAGCUGGAGGUCGUCUGCGAUAAGUUGACCCAUCUUUCACAGGAUAAGCGAAAGGCCCGAAAGGCUUACCAGGAGGAGCACGCUAAGAUCGCAGCUCGCCUGAAUCAUCUUACCGACGAGGUGGUGCGCAAGAAAACCGAAUACCAAAAACAUUUGGAGGGCUACAAAGCGCUGCGCACGCGCUUCGAAGAGCAUUACAUUAAAGCCCCCAGUCGCAGUGGCCGCAAGCUGGACGACGUGCGCGACAAGUACCAGAAGGCAUGCCGCAAGCUGCAUCUCACACACAACGAGUACGUGCUGUCCAUCACGGAGGCCAUCGAGGUGGAGAAGGACUUUCGCACGGUGCUGCUCCCUGGAUUGCUGGAGCACCAGCAGUCCGUCCAGGAGAGCUUCAUCCUGCUGUGGCGCAACAUCCUGCAGGAGGCGGCCCAGUAUGGCGAUCUCACGGCCGACAAGUACAGGGAGAUACAGAAACGCAUCGACACUGUGAUAGGCGGCAUCAAUCCGGCCGAGGAGUAUGGCGAAUUCACCGAGAAAUACAAAACAUCCCCCACAACCCCGCACAUUUUUCAAUUUGAUGAGACGCUCAUCGAGGACAUACCCGGCAAACUACAGUCAAGCACACUGACGGUGGACAACCUCACGGUGGACUGGCUGAGAAAUCGCCUCCAGGAACUGGAGGGCGCGGUCAAGGAGUGCCAGGAGAAGCAGCUGAAGAUGAUCGAGCACGUGAAUGGUGGCUCCCCGGUGGCCAAUGGCAGCAUCAUAUCCAACGGCAGCAACACCUCCAACGGCAUUCAGUCCAACAAGGAUAGCCUAUGCCGCCAGUCGAAGGACCUGAACGCAUUGCGUUGCCAGGAGAAGCAAAAGCAGAAGCUGGUCGACAUGAUCAAAUGCGCUCUGAACGAGGUGGGAUGCGAGGAGCUGCCCUCCGGAUGCGACGACCACUUGGCCCUCGAACAGAACUUCAUUGAGAAUGGCUACAACAAUGAGCAGCAGAGGUCCAACUCCACGAGUUCACCAGGUCUGGGCAUUAUGAACGAGCUGAUGCGACGCGGCGGGGUUUUGACCCUUCUGCGUGGCAGGGGACGCCAUUUCAAGCGAAAGAGUACCCCACAGCCGGCGACACCUAUGACAAGGUCACGUCAAGGACGCUUCAACAAGCUGCAGCCACGAUCCCAAAGCCUGGGAUCCUUGUCGGUAAUUGGGAACGGGCUGGGGAAUGGGCAAAGUCCUGCUGCACGUUAUGAGCCCAUUACUACUAACCAUCGUUCGGCCAGUGUCCAUUAUUUGGGCGAGCAGAUCCCGCUGAGUUCUGUUAGCCCGCCUGCAUUGCCACGUUUGCGACGCACCCAGUGUUCCAUGUUGUGUUUGGGUGAGGACUUGGCCCUACCUGUGCUUGCCUCGCCCGCUCCUCUUACCCAGCUAACCGCUGCUGUCCUUACUAACACCAAUAACAAUCAUAUCUAUGCGGACUUGGAACUGGACAGGAAAACAGAAGCCUCACCAAGUCCAGAGGGCCAUGAAGCGAAGGAGAACGAGAAGGAGAAGGAGGAACACAUACAAAUUGAAAUAAACCAGGCCGGAGCGCAAAACUCCAUAGAUGCUCAUCUGGACAGGAUUGAUGAACUGAAUCGAGUGCUAGAUGAUCGCCUGAAGCGCAGUCUGCAGCCCAGCGAUGAUCUGAAUGCCAUCGAAAGUGCCGAAGAGGAGGUGCAGAUACAAACCAGAAAGCUGACACAAGAUGCGGACAGCCAAACCAAGCGCAGUUCCAGCUCCAGUUCGGAGUGUCGAUCCACCAAGGAUCAUCGUUCCAAGAAGAGAUCGCUUUCGUUUACCCAGAAAUCCAUAAGCAGCAUCUUUAGCAACCUCAAGGAGUUCUCCAAAAGUCCGCUCGUGCGAAUGGCCAAGAAUCAAUCGCUCAACGAGGAGACCCAAACGAACAGUGAUUGCCCCACAAACAGUAGCAGUUCCAGCAGUAACAACAAUAACAAUAACAAUAAUAAUAGUAAUAGUAAUAGCAAUAGCAAUAGCAAUCGCAGUGCCUCCUCGCAGUCGACGAUUAUAACGAGCACGAUCACCACGACCAUAACGACCACAACGAGUACGACGACGCCGUCCAAGGAAACCUCAAGACUGAAAUUCAAGGUGCCCAAGAUCCAGAAGAAGUCGAAGGCCAUACGAAAUACAUUCCGCUCCAAGCUGCUCAAUUUCCAGCUGAAACGUUCGUCCAAGCCCUGCAAACAGUGCACCAAGAGGAGGCGCAUCCAUCCCAGCAAGAGUGUCUUUGAUUUUGCCCGCGAAUUCGAGGUGGAUCAAUCACAACCAGCUGGAUCAGAUGAGCAGUUCUGCAAUUGCCCUCCGGUGGUCCCGAAAACCGUAAAACCAUCCGUCCAAAUAGCCGGCCACAAGGAUCUGGCCUUUGAGUCCAGUUCCGGGGAGCUGGAGGAGCACCAGGACCACGACGAUGACGAUGACGACGAGGACAGUGACGAUGUGCUCAGCAUGAAGGAUCACUGCUACUGUGUGCCCAGCCUGGCGGCCAGUAUAUCGCUCUCCACGAAUCGUCCGCUUUACGAGGAGGAAUGGUUCCAUGGCGUCUUGCCGCGGGAAGAGGUGGUGCGACUGCUGAACAACGACGGUGACUUCCUGGUCCGCGAAACGAUUCGAAACGAGGAGAGCCAGAUUGUGCUGAGUGUAUGCUGGAAUGGCCACAAGCACUUCAUUGUCCAGACCACCGGCGAGGGUAACUUCCGGUUCGAGGGACCUCCGUUUGCCAGCAUCCAGGAACUGAUAAUGCACCAGUAUCACUCCGAGCUGCCGGUGACCGUCAAAUCCGGAGCCAUACUCCGGCGACCCGUUUGCCGCGAACGCUGGGAGCUGAGCAACGACGAUGUGGUGCUCCUGGAGCGGAUUGGCAGGGGCAACUUUGGAGACGUUUACAAGGCCAAACUGAAGUCCACCAAACUGGAUGUGGCCGUGAAGACCUGCCGCAUGACCCUGCCCGACGAACAGAAGCGUAAAUUCCUGCAGGAAGGUCGCAUCCUUAAGCAAUACGAUCAUCCCAAUAUCGUCAAACUAAUUGGCAUUUGUGUGCAGAAGCAGCCCAUAAUGAUUGUCAUGGAAUUGGUGCUGGGUGGCUCCCUGCUCACGUAUUUGCGAAAGAACUCUAAUGGUCUUUCCAAUCGACAACAAAUGGGAAUGUGCCGGGAUGCGGCGGCAGGUAUGCGAUAUCUGGAAUCGAAGAACUGCAUUCAUCGCGAUCUGGCGGCUCGUAAUUGUCUCGUUGACCUGGAGCACAGUGUAAAGAUUUCCGAUUUUGGAAUGUCACGCGAGGAAGAAGAGUAUAUAGUUUCCGAUGGCAUGAAGCAAAUACCUGUGAAGUGGACAGCUCCCGAGGCCCUCAAUUUCGGAAAGUAUACCUCACUGUGCGAUGUGUGGUCCUAUGGCAUUCUGAUGUGGGAGAUCUUCUCCAAGGGCGACACACCCUACUCGGGCAUGAGCAAUUCAAGGGCCAGAGAGCGGAUCGAUACAGGAUAUCGCAUGCCAACGCCAGAGAACACGCCUGCCGAAAUGUAUCGACUGAUGCUCAAGUGCUGGGCCGCCGAUGCCGAGUCCCGGCCGCAUUUCGAUGAGAUCUACAAUGUGGUUGACGCCCUCAUCCUGCGCCUGGACAACAGCCACUGAAAGCGGCUCCGUCCGCUUGGAACACUUAGCAUACUCAACGUAGAUUUAGUCAGCGCUUUUAAAGUCUUAACAACGAAAUGCCUGUAUUUAUGAGAUAGCAAAUACUAUACGUUCUAGCACAUAAGCGAUAUUUAUAUAGAGACAUAUAUAUUUUCUAGCCGUGUAAAUGUAAAUUUCGAUAUAUACUGUACUGUGUGUUUGUUCGACUGAGCGUGUGUAAUGAAUCCUUAAUGUGCCAAAAACCGCAAGAAGAUCUUAAAACAAUUAAAGAAUUAAAGAAAUACAAAAAGAAAUUGAUACUGUGUGUCUGCUUCGUAGCCUAAGCUCAUGAAUUUAUAUUCUUAGUUGUUUGUGUUUUAGUCCUUAGUUCUCUACAGAAAAUCAUAAUUAGUAAAUUAUGCAAACCCUACGUUGGUCAAUUUGUUUCUAGACUUUGUAUUUUAUGUAUAUUUAUUUACACCUAGUUUACAUUUCUACUUCGACUACGAUUAUGUUUACACUUAUAUACAAAUAAGCUCUAAGUUAAAGCUUUAAGUUUUGCUGCGCUGCUGAAGUGAAUAAAUCAUAUGUGUACUAUA